AUGGCUUCCGUUGCGUCGUCUUCCAACUCUCCUCCUCCUCAUGAUUCCACCCCAGAACCUCCACGACUGACGAAACCGAAAGCAAAGAAGAAAUCCAAGAAAGAUAAAGGCAAGGAAGGACAUGGUAAAAACGAGGGAUCCAGCGCCAAUGCUGCGUAUCAACCGCCACCCAACGCAAUACAGCUUAACCACGAGAGUGUGGACUACGGGGAGUUCGAUUGGGAUGCCGUAGAGUCGAAUGGGAAUUGUGAGCUUUGGCUUCUUCGGAUACCUGAUAGUAUCAAACCCAAAUAUCUUGAAAAUCUUUCCAUCGAGCUCCCACAAACUACCAAACAUUCUACCAAAGUUGGGGUCCUAGAACGCAAACUUGCCAAUUACGAUAUAUGGGCAAUAGGGGAGGGCGAGGACGCUGAUGCCAACAGUCCCGUGGUCGGAGAGGAAAUUCGCAAUCUUUCUUGCCUCCUGCCUCGCAAAAGCAAGGAAGGGAAAUUAUUCAGUGCUCCCAAACCUAUCGCCCGCCGUCUGGUUUUCUCUGCUCAACCCGCUACUCCGACUUCCAACACCCCAUCCGCACCAAUCCUAUUCCAAAAUCCACCGCGUCACUCGUACCCCAAGGAAUCACUCAAGCAUCGAUUCAUGCCUUUUGGCUCCCAAGUGAUAAGCGAUGUGACCCCCGCAGACAUCAACAGCCCAGGGGAUGAAGAGGCUAUGGAAGUCGAUGCAGUCUUGGUCCCAGAGCAACCGACAUCGGGACAGAAGAGUGACAAAGACGCGCCGGCUACUGCGUCUCAGCCUGCCAAGGAAAAAUCCAAAACGAAGAAACGGAAGGUGGAAGAGAGCAGCCCAAAGAAAGUUAAGAAAGUAAAAAAAUCCUGA